AUGACCCCCAGCGAGGAGAUCGGAUACAUCGACGCCAACGACUGCGUGGUUUUGCACAAGAGGGCCAACGUGACCGAGAGGAUGAUCCCGGUGGGGUACACCCCCAGACGCCACGUGGAUCGACUAGAACAUGCCAAUUUCCAUCCUCCUCACGGCCCUCAGAAACGGAAUCAUCUCAUCGUCCGUGACCAUCUUCACCAGCUCGAUCAGAGACGGGUACAAAAACUCGAUCUCCUUGAUGGACGCAUUGCCGUACACGGCUCACGCGGUAGAUUUGCGUCCGUAAUACCCGGCUGCAUCUUGAACCUCGUGGACGGGUCGCUCGAAGCCAUAUUCUGCCUCGAGCUCGACCCCAUGUACGACCCCGAGUACACUCACGUGUUCCCCAUCUCGUUGUAG